UCCCCCUCCUCCUCCUCUUCUUCUUCAGUUCUUCCUCUUUGUCUCCCGUGCCCCCUACCGCUUGUGGCUUGUAGCCUUGCUACCGCUCACGGUGGUCUGGUCCGUGUGUUGGUUGCAGUUCUUGGGAGGUGUCGAGAAAUGGAGGUGGAGGCGCACGAGAAGAAGGGCCACCGGGCCUUCGCCAAGGCAAUCAAGUCCCUCGGCUCGCACAGGCGUUCCAACUGCGAUCUUGACAAGAUGUGUGGCAAAGAUGCGCUCUACGCUUCAGACAAAACAUUUGUCCAGCCUAAGCAAGUGGAAGGCGUGAAGACUAAGGUGAAGAGCGAUUUGAGUAAGGAGGCGCAGCCUGCGAGAGGAGCACAAAGCUCCCUGAGAAAAGAGAUUCUUCAACUAGAAAAGCACCUCACGGAUCAGCAGGUCAUGCGUGGCGCCCUGGAGAAAGCUCUGGGGCCAGACGCCGCUCCGGUCAACAACCUCUUGCACGAGAAUUCAAUGCCCGGUGCCAGGGUUUCCUGCAAGAGCAGAGGCGAUGCCAUGCUCCCGUCCAACUACCCGCCCUCGCCGUCCCGUACUUGUGCUCGACACUGCUGUGCAUGUGUGGCGCCUAAGCGCUCGGCGUCACACUGCAUCAUGUGCAAUGCCCGAGGCUUAAGCGUCACACGGCCGGGGUAGGCCCUACAGCGUCAGCGUGGCCCUUUUGUGUGGCGUCGACGGCUAAGGCGUCACACAGUAUAGUGUGGCGCCUAAGUGUCAGGCAUCACAUAAAAGGGUUAGUUGAAUGAAUUUUUUUCAAACGUAGUCCAGUUUAUAAAUUCUUACUGUCUAAGGGUCAUAUUUGUUGAUUUUGCCACCACCAUGUGAGAGAGCGCCACUGCGCAGGGUGGGUGCUGCAGGAAAGGAAAUUACCGCGGCCGGGGUGGGAGGCUUGUUCCGGAAUCCCAUCAAGAUAUCUCUCCCUAAUAAUAAAGCGAAUAGGGUUUUUGGUC